CAUGCUGAAGAUCGCCGCUGCCUUCAGUGCGCAUUUCUCCGCACAAGGCCAGGAGAUCAGCAGAUGACCCUCGCUUCUUGAGAAAUCCUUCUGUUUACGGCGCGGAGCUUUCGUAGUGCACCAAUCAAAACGCAUCAGAAGGAACGCGAAUGCAAUCUGAACCGGGGGAUAAGCAGGUUCAGGCUUCGAUGCUAUCUUCAACAAACUGAACGCCAAUCACGCAUUCCUGCCAUCCGCCCUCACUCAACUCAAGAGGGGCUUGAAAAUCCUCCGGCCCGCGUUCAGGCACAGUCAAAGCUCAGUCCUCGGCCUUGCGCUGAUCAAAGGCAUUUGAGCAAGAUAAAUAAGCUUAGUCCGCCCUACGUUGCCGCUGGGUGGUAGUCUUUAUUGCCAGUAUCUGACAAGGCGGACGUCCUCGUUGGCGACUGAAAAAUGGCGAAUUUCAGACUCUACCUUGCUUUUGUCGGAACUUUCAUCUUCGCCGUGGUAUUGCUGCAACUGAUCUCCGUUCUUCAUGGUUUCGACGACUCCCCUGUGCUCGAAGCUAGUCUGCAAUGGCAUGAUCGGUCGUCAAACUACGUUGGGGACGAUAGCAUCUUCGUUGUGGGGGCCGGAAAGGCAGAUAUAACUGGUCCUGUUGUCGAGGUAGGGUUCGGUGGAUAUGCCGACCUCGACCAAGUUGGGACGGGUCUACGCCAAAGGCUGUACUCGCGAGCAUUCAUUGUGGCAAACCCUAACAACCUCGAGCAGACCUGGAUCUAUAUAGUCCUUGACACCCUGACCGGAGACACUGGGGUUCGAGACGGGGUUUUAAAAGGUCUCGCCGAACUGGGAAGUGACUACUCCAGACAGAGCUACAAUGCCAUAGUUGACGGCGUACUGUUAUCCAUCCGGAGAGCCCAUGAGAGUCUUGCGCCUGGGCGCCUUACUUUCGGCACAAUAGACGUCGAAGACGCGAACAUCAACAGAAGCCCAUACUCUUACGAUGCCAACCCUGAAGAGGAGAAGGCGCGGUACCCUCACAAUGUUGACAAGACGCUAGAACUUCUGAGAUUCGACAGAGAAAAUGACAACAAAACAAUGGCUGUCUUGACGUUCUUCCCUGUGCAUGGCACGUCCCUUUACGGCAACAACACUCUCGCCAGUGGAGACAACAAGGGAGUUGCUGCGUGGCUUUUUGAGAGAAGCGUACAGGAUGAUUCAAGAUUUGCCAAUGACUUCGUGGCUGGCUUCUCUCAAUCGAAUGUUGGCGAUACGUCUCCGAAUAUCCUCGGGGCAUGGUGUGACGAUGGAUCCGGUGAAGAAUGCCGAUACUCUGACAGCACAUGCGGAGGACAAAGCACCACAUGCCAUGGGCGCGGGCCAUUCUUCCGUGAGGACAGUUACGGCGCGAAGAGCUGCUUUGAGAUUGGACGCCGUCAAUACUCGGCUGCCAAGGAAUUGUAUAGCCAGAUGGAGACCAACGCCAUUCAGAUUCGUAAAAGCUCCCAGGUCAGCUCGUUUCAUCUAUUUGAGGACUUGAAGGGCUACACUUUUCAAUCACCCUUCAAUUCCAGCACUCUGACCACAUGCUCAGCUGCUCUGGGAUUCUCCUUCGCUGCGGGGACGACUGACUGGCCUGGAUAUUUCGACUUUACUCAGAAUGACACCACACCUGCAGAGCGUAACCCUCUCUGGUAUAUAGCUCGUGGAUUUCUUCACACUCCGACGCCUGAGCAAAGGAAAUGCCAAGAACCUAAAGACGUCUUGCUGGAUGUGGGAGAGAUGAGUCUUCCUUAUGCUUGGACUCCGAAUAUAGUAGACAUACAACUCCACCGUAUUGGGCAGCUGAUUAUCGUGACCUCCACGAGCGAAGUUACGACGAUGGCCGGACGGCGGUGGAGAGAGGCAAUUGCAAAGUCGGCAAGAGACAUUCUCUCAAUAUUUGACCCUCUGGUAGUCUUAGGGUCUCCGGCGAACAGUUAUGCGCACUAUGUGACUACCGAGGAGGAGUAUAGCCGGCAGCGCUAUGAGGGAGCCUCGACACUUUACGGACCCAACACUCUGGCAGCAUACGUUAACCUGACGCUGACUUACCUACCCUAUCUUGAUGAGUCCGCGGCAGCGGGUCAAUAUCCUGAGCCAUCGGGGAUUGAGCCGCCAAUCAACACCGAAAAAUCUCUGAGUUUCAUUCCUUCCGUCGUGUACGACGGUCAUCCGAUUGGUAAAGCGUACGGGGAUAUUAUCACGUCCGCUGGGAAUACCAGAUAUGCACCGGGCGAUGUAGCAAGCGCCACUUUCAUCGGUGCCAAUCCAAGGAACAACUUGCGGCUAGAAUCAACUUUUGCAGCUGUUGAGCGACAGACAGACGACGGGCAUUGGGAAACAGUGCGGACUGACAGCGACUGGAGUCUUGUGUAUCGGUGGAAGAGGACCAAUACCGUCUUAGGGCACAGUGAGGUGACUCUGCAAUGGGAGAUAGAGGACGACUACUACGCCGUGGGUAGUCCUCGGCCUGUGCAAGCUGGAGUCUACCGAUUCCAUUAUUACGGAGAUGCUAAGGGCCUCAAUGGGCGAAUUGAAGCAUUCGAGGGUGUUGACGAGCCCUUUACGGUCGUUGUUUGAGCAUCGCAUGAGCGAGGUGAUUGUGACGAUAAUGAUGUCCAUGCGAGCUUUUAGCAGGACUCGAUCUUAAUAAUAUGCGUUAUUGA